CGUAUGUGUGAGGGGAGCACUUGCCAUUCGCUAAUCCGACUCAGCCGCAGCAGGAGCGGCUGGCGGAGCAGCUUGCGCUCCCCACAGAGCUCAGCUCGCACGCCCCCAAAGGCUCUGCGCUAGCCGGGUUCUAGGCUCUGCGCCUCCUAGCCGGGUUCUAGGCUCUGCGGCCCCCGAUCCCUGGGUUCUAAGGCUCCCGGUAGCAUGGGCGGCUGCCCCCGCGCUCUGCUGCUGCUGGGCACGCUGGCCCUGCUGGCCCCGGGCCCCGCUGCUGAGGAUGACCGUGACGAGUACGACGAGCUGGUGCUGUCCUUCCCCUCCGAGGAGGAAAACCAGACAGAGGUCGCGAAGCACCUGGGCUCGGCCGCUUUCUACAGGACGAACAAGGACAUGUGGAGAUUACCCGGGCAGUACAUAGUGGUGCUGAAGGAGGAAACUCAUAAAUCCCAGACAGAGAGAACCAUCCACAGGCUGCAAGCUCGAGCAGUGAAGCACGGCUACCUAACCAAAAUCCUUCACAUCUUCCAGGAUCUGUUCCAGGGAUUUCUUGUUAAGAUGAGCAGUGAUGUGCUGGAUAUGGCUUUGCGGCUGCCGCACGUUGAUUACAUUGAAGAGGACUCCUACGUGUUUGCUCAGAGCAUCCCCUGGAACCUCGGCAGGAUCGUCCCAGUACAGUACAAGUCUGGCGAAUAUAACCCUCCCAAUAAAGGAGAUCUGGUUGAGGUUUACCUGCUAGACACCAGCAUCCAGAGCAACCAUCGGGAGAUAGAGGGCAGAGUGUUUGUGACGGACUUCGAGAAUGUGCCAGAGGAGGAUGGCACACGCUUUCACAGACAGGCCAGCAAGUGCGACAGCCACGGAACCCACAUGGCCGGGGUGGUGAGCGGGAGGGACGCUGGCGUGGCUAAGGGAGCCAGCAUUCGCAGCCUUCGGGUGCUGAAUUGCCAAGGCAAAGGCACGGUCAGUGGGACGCUGAUUGGCCUGGAGUUUAUCAAGAAGACCCUGACUGUCCAGCCCUACACCCCCUUGGUGGUGUUGCUCCCUUUUGCUGGAGGCUACAGCCUUGUUUUGAAUGCAGCUUGUCGGCUGAUGGUGCAGACAGGGGUGGUCAUGAUUGCUGCAGCUGGCAACUACAAGGAGGAUGCCUGCCUGUACUCACCUGCGUCUGAACCAGAGGUGAUCACUGUUGGGGCAACCGACUUCCAGGACCAGCCUGCCUCCAUGGGAGCCUUAGGAACAAACUUUGGCCGGUGUGUGGAUGUCUUUGCCCCGGGUGACGAUAUCAUUGGGGCCUCCAGCGACUGCAGCACCUGCUUUACUUCCCAGAGUGGGACGUCCCAAGCCGCUGCACACGUGGCAGGCAUCGCAGCCAUGAUUCUGAACACUGACUCUGUGCUGACGCUCUCUGAGCUGAGGCAAAGGCUAAUUCAUUUCUCUACCAAGAACGUGAUCAAUGAGGCUUGGUUUCCUGAAAACCAGCGGCUGGUCACACCCAACAGAGUGGCAGGACUGCCUAGCAGACUCCUAGCAGGUGAGCAGCUGUAUUGCCGCUCCGUGUGGUCUGCCCAGUCUGGGUCGACUCGCUCUGCGACGGGCGUCGCGCGCUGCAGUGGGAACGAGGAGAUGCUCAGCUGCUCAAGCUUCUCCAAGAACGGCAAGCGGCGAGGAGAGCAUAUCGAGGUUCAUGGAGGCAGGAAGCAGUGUGUGGCUCACAAUGCAUUUGGCGGCCAUGGUGUCUACGCAAUAGCGAGGUGUUGCAUUUGGCCCAAAGCUGACUGCCAGAUUCACAGCCGCUCCCUGACUGUGGAUGGUAUUUCGACAACUGGAGUGGGCUGCUCCAAGGAGAACCACAUUUUGACAGGUUGUAGCUCCCAUUCUCUUGCUGGAGAGUUUAGUGACAACGUCAGACCCGUUCUAAGGAUGGAGAUUGGACACCACCAGUGCAUAGGUAGAACAGAUGUGACCUUGCAUACUUCCUGCUGCCACGCCCCCCACGUUGAAUGCCAGGUGAAGGAACACUCACCUGUGGGCUUCCAAGAAAAGGUGGCCGUGUCCUGUGAUGAAGGCUGGACUCUGACAGGAUGCAAUGCGUAUUCCUGGGGUCCCGGCACCCUUGGCGCCUACGCCGUGGAUGACACUUGUGUGGUAAUGAGCGCCCUUGCUGGCAAAGGGACAGCGGCCAUCGCCAUUUGCUGCAGAAGCAGACAUUUGGAAAACGACAAGCACUCUUCCAACUACAAGUGAGGAUACUGCCCGUGGCCACAAGGCACCCCUGCUGAGACGAAACUGACAUCACACCAAAAAAAACGCAUUCCAAAACCAUCACCUUUCCAGAUUCCAGAGCUGAGGCCGCUACUCCCAGUUUGGUCAGGGCUGAUUGGGAUGGAAUAAGAAUCACUAAUUACUUGCAGGUGGGAGAUGUAACACAUCUAAAAUGCAAGGGUUGUUGGUGUCUGGAAAUGCUCAUUCCCAGCACCCUGAGGAUGAGAGAUUCUCUCCCUCCCCACUUCUUCCAUAGGACCGCCUAAUUUACUGCAUAUGCAUUCUAGCAGGGUGACAUUUGGCAAAAAGUCCGGCCCACCAGUUUUUCUAUUACCAAGCAGGAAGGUUAUAAGCUCAGUGUCAGUAAGUGGUUUGAGGGUGACCUAAGGAGAUGUAUUUACUGCACCAGAUCAGCGAGCACCUUUACCUGUUCUUGGUAUGGUCGUUAGGUACCUUGGUUCCCUCUCCAGCAUUCUGUGGGUAUUUGUGUUACCACCACAUCCAUUUUCUACACUCAGGGACGGAUUCUCCCUCCUGCUAUAGCCCCUGGGAGCCCCUUAGAUUUGGCAAGGGGAGAAUUCCCCUGGUUCAGGAACUGGUGUGAUGUGACCCUCUCUGCUUCCCCUAGUGCAGAAUGAUGGGUGGGGGUGAAGCUGUCGGGGCUGCCAUUAAGGUGAUUCUGGCUAGUAUAGUGUCCCAUAAGCAGUUCAGCUACCUAAGCUGUCUCAGCCUUCGCAGCAACAAACACUCAGGGUCCAAAAUGUGCCUUAAAGCCAUGAUAGUCCCCCCUCCGCCCUCGGGCUCAGACUGAUCCUCCAGGAGGUGCAGCACAGGGCCCUUGCUCUCUGAUUUGCAAUUAGCCAAAAACCCCAGUAGGGAUUUUAAAUUUUUUUUUUUGUUUGUUCCUAGUAAAAAACCCUCUUUUCUGAUCGUUCUAUAGCUUCUGUCCUCCAAGCAGAGCCCCAAGUGCCUUACAAACCCCAGCUCCAGCAGUCAUGGCACUGAAAUGUGCCAGUGAAGGCCUCUGUACAAGCAGAGCAGUGUGGGCAGUGCCAUGGAUUCCUCCACCUGGCUGCCUCGGAGCUGCUGAGGCAGGUGAGGUCAAUGGGGAGGGAAUUAUUCCCCACCGCCAGUGGAAAAGCCACCAGAGAGGACUAUCAGGGAGUUAGCCCCACUGCGGCAGCAGCAGGAAUUUGGCCCAGGCCACCACUCAGUCUUCUCAUUGGCAGUCCUCCCUGGUCACACCAUCCCCACACGCUGAUCUCUCGGUGCGUGGAGGUUCUCUGUGCAUGAGGUCUGGUACCCCCUGUCUGGGGCCCUCUGUCUGGGGCCUGUUUCCUUCGUUAGCCGAGACCAACCACGUGAGGGUCUGUUCUGAUUAUUUUGGGGAUACAGCCUCCUGUUCCCUAGGAACUGAACUGAAACCAUCACUUUACUUUCUGUAGGCACCACAGCAGGGAUCAGCUGGUAACAACCAAUACCCUAGUGCUGAAUGCAGUAUGAAUUCCAAGGAAGUACAUUAAAGCUAAUCUACAUGAGUUGUAGCUUAGCAGGCUUGGUUUAUCUCACUACCGUCCCUGACCCCCCAAUGCAUUGAGAUUGUUUCUGUAAACAUUUAUAGUACAAAAGUGAUCUUUAGGGUGUAUUCAUUUACCUUGUCAGUUUGACAAAACCAGAAUCUCUGUAACCAAAUGCACUGUUGGUGUGGGCUUUUGUUUUGUUUACUCCUCAGAUUUCAACUAGACCCCUCAGCGCUAGCUCAUCUAGUUUGGCACUUUUUGCAGCUUUAGCUUUCCCAAAAGGUACCCUAAUAGCAUGGCAAAUAGACCCCCAUUUACUCAGUCAAGCUUGCAACCUCUAGUUUAACUGCUUGCUUAAUCAGAUGUAAAUCUGUAAAGAUAAGAGUUUUUGUAGUUUUUUUUUUUUUCAAGAGAGCGAAAGAAAGUUGAAGUAUAAAUGUCGACCUACUGUGUUGCUUUAACUGGUCUCCUUUGGGGUCCUCCCUCCUGGGAAAUUUAUGUUUGAAUGAACAUGCUGUAAUUCAUUACCCGUGGUUUGUUUUUUUUUUUAUAAAGGUUUCAUAGUACUGUGGUUUUUACAUUUGUAUCUUGAAAAUAUUUAUUCUGAGUUUUAUAAACAGCACAUUUUAUAAUGUCUUCUUUUUAAAAUAAAAAUCUGUAUGCCACAGCUUGGAGUUCAUCUGUAUACUCAACUGUCUUAGUGUAACAUGGCAGGAGAUUAAAUCUGGAGGUAAAGCAUUGUGAAAGGGCAGCCAUCUCCCAGGGAACUUGCAUGGUGCUAAGCCAUCCAUGUUGCUUGAAGUUGACAGGAGAGGAGACAACUCAGGUGCAGGGGUGGUUAGACCAAAUACAGGACAGUGAGCAGGCAUACCGGCUCCACUAUGCUAAAGCUGGGAGUGAGCCUCCCACCUGGUGUAAACAAACUUGUGCUAGCAGGGCUUAAGCCAGUGCACUAAAACCAGCACUGUGGAUAUUCCAGCUUGUGCUGGAGCUCAGGCUUGUGCUCCCAAACUUUCACCUGAGGCAGAAUGGCCGCAGUGCUAUUUUUCAGUGCCCUACAUGGAGCCCCUAGCGUGUCUCUGCCUAGUGGGGCUGAAAGGGUCGCUCCCAACUACAAUGGUAGACCCUGAGUGUCAGGCCAAGAGCUUGGACAUGUGAGCCAUUCUGUGCCCGUUAUCCU